AUGCCACCCAACGUGAAGACGGAUCUUUGCAAGCCACAAAAGGGACUCGCAAGUCUAGAGCUCGAAAGACCCGGAGCAAAGACACUGAAAGACUCGGGUCAUGCUGAAACGAAACACGUGGCAGAGAAAAGGGAGAGAGUCAAGGUGGACCGGGUGGGAUCUGCGGCCGAGCGCGGUGACCGGAAGGCCGAGGAUCGAACAGGUGCUACAACAGCAAGUAUGCCUCUCAUGUAUUACUGGUGA